AGCAAAAUCCUUCAUAAUUACCAAUUCCUAUGUAUAUUUUAUUCCUUGUUCUAUCUUUACUGUCUCAAACUUGUUUUCCUUUACACACUACGUUUGAUACCCUUAGACAAGGCUCAUCCUUAUCGGUUGAGAAACCAGACCAUGACGUUCUUGUGUCACCGAAUGGAGUUUUCUCGGCAGGGUUUUCAUCUGUGGGAGACAAUGCUUUUUGCUUUGCCAUAAGGCUUAUGAAAUCCCCAGGAACGAUAGUUUGGAUGGCAAAUAGAGACCAGCCGGUCAACGGAAUAAGUUCGAAGCUCUCGCUUUUGAAAGAUGGCAAUCUGGCCCUCCUUGACGUAGGUUUAAUCACCCUUUGGAGCACAGAAACGACUUCAUCUUCAUCUGUUCAUCUACAACUCCAUAACAAUGGUAACCUUGUACUUCAUAAUGCGACGGGUGAUAGGCUCUGGGAAAGCUUUAAUUCGCCAACCGAUACACUUCUUCCGGGACAAAAACUAACAAGGGAUUCCAGCCUUGUCUCAUCAAAAAGCCACACCAAUUAUUCUUCCGGUUAUUAUACAUUCUACUUUGAUACAGAUAAUAUCCUCCGUUUGCUUUACCAAAGUCCGGAUCCAGCGGUAUCCAGCGUCUAUUGGCCCGAUCCAUGGCUUCGGCCUUUUCAAACAGGUAGAACCACCUACAACAACAGAAAAACCGCCUUUCUUAAUUCCACCGGUUACUUCUGGUCCUCUGAUGACAUGUCGUUCUCAGCCUUAGAUUGUGGUGUGGUAAUUCACAGACGAUUAAAACUUGAUCCGGAUGGCAAUCUUCGGCUGUAUAGCUUCAACGAGAAGAAUAAGAGUUGGGUUGUUACAUGGCAAGCAAUAUCCGAACCAUGCAAGACUCAUGGCAUUUGCGGGCCCAAUAGUUUCUGCACCGUUGACCAUGCUUCGGGUAGGAAAUGCUCAUGCUUGCAAGGAUUCGAGAUGGCAAACUAUCCCGACUGGUCGUAUGGAUGCAAACCAAAAUUUGAUAACUCAUUCAACGAUAGCAAUAAGGAGACUGGUUUGGUUUAUGUAGCCAAUUCAGAAUUCUAUGGCUAUGACAGAUACUACUUCGAAAAUAUCACCUUGGAACAAUGCCAAGAGGAGUGCUUCAGGACCUCUCAGUGCAAAGCUAUCCAAUACAAAUUCGACUGGGAUAAUUCAUUUUAUAACUGUUACCUUAAGUCAGUUAUGCUUAAUGGACGCCACUCACCCAAUUUCGAUGGAGAUGUGUAUUUAAGACUACCCAAAUCCAUCAUUAAUCAUCCCAGUCAGACGCUCGUGAAGGAAUCAAAUCCAGAUCAUAUUUGCCCUGAUCACCAAUUUGAUUCUGUGAUGCUGGAUAGAACUUAUGAAAAAGGCCAUAAAAAUAGGUUCCUGAAAUUUUUGCUCUAUUUUGCAAGUGUAGUGGGAGCAGUGGAGUUUACUUGUAUCUCCUUGGUUCUGUGCUCCUUGUAUUGGAAUCGGUCAAAAGGCAUUGAUAAAUCUACACAGAGGCACAUGAUUGCAGCAACCAGGUUUCAAGAAUUUUCUUAUGCGGAAUUGAAAAAGGCGACGAAGGGAUUCCGCGAAGAAAUCGGAAGGGGUUCAGGAGGUAUUGUAUACAAAGGCAGACUAUCUGACAACCGUGUCGCGGCAGUUAAGUUGCUGAACGAAGCUAACGAAGGAGAAGCCGAGUUCCUAACAGAGGUGAACACCAUUGGGAGGCUAAACCACAGGAACUUGAUAGAGAUGUGGGGAUAUUGCGCACAAGGGAAGCACAGGCUUUUAGUCUACGAGUACAUGGAAAAUGGAUCUUUGGCAAACAAGCUAGCAAAUUCCAGCACGCUUGAUUGGCAAAAGAGGUUUGGAAUAGCAAUGGGCACAGCAAAAGGCCUGGCUUAUUUGCACGAGGAGUGCUUGGAGUGGGUCCUACACUGUGAUGUCAAGCCUCAGAACAUAUUAUUGGACUCCAAUUGCUGCCCCAAGGUUGCUGAUUUUGGGCUGUCCAAAUUGCAUAAUAUAAGUGUUGAACAAAAUUCAAGCUUCUCGAGGAUUAGAGGGACUAGAGGUUAUAUGGCACCUGAAUGGGUCUAUAAUCUUCCAAUUACCUCAAAAGUGGAUGUGUAUAGCUAUGGAAUUGUAGUGUUGGAAACUGUGACAGGGAAGAAACCGACUGGAAUACAAGCAUCUGAGAGUAGAGGGAUGGCAGAUCAGCAUGGAAGAUUGGUGACAUGGGUGAAGGAGAAGAUGAAUGGACCAGGGAAGAGGAGCGAAUACUGGGUUAAAGAAAUUGCAGACCCUAAGAUGGGUGAGAUGUUUGAGAUGGCGGAGUUGAAACUUUUAGUUAAAGUGGCUUUGCAAUGUGUGGAAGAAGAUAAAGAAGCUAGACCAACCAUGGGACAAAUUGUAGAGAUGCUUCAGAGGCAUUGCCAGGAGGAUGAAUAUUCCGUGAUAUACUAGGCGAUAUCAUCACGACUGCUAAAUUUGCUUUAUUUUUUCUGUUCUUCCUCGUGCACUGGUUGAAUUCCCUCCAGUCCUCCACUCCUUUUCUUUCCCUGCAACUUCGCACACAUGCUUCUCUAAAAAUAAAUCAAUAAAUAUUUCAAGUGUGCCUUUUUUUUUUUUUUUUUUUGUUUUUUUGGUUGAAUAUAUUUCAAACGUGCCUUCCUAGUUGUUUUCAAUGUCUGGUUGCAUUUGGACGCUGUUUUUCGUUUGGUUGGCUGCCACUGAAUUCAAUAAUGGUUUUAUUUUGUUUUUGGGCUUUUCUGGAUUGUUUCAAUAAGAAUAAAAAUGGUUUUGCUUCGAUUUCA